UGACCCACGUGCUUCCGCUUUCCCUUCACCUGGCCUCCACCUGCGCUCUCGGGGGUCUGCCCGAAGUUGGGGGACACCGGGGGUGGGCGCUGUCGCCUGCCCCAAGCUCUGGCGGCCGGCGCUGCAGGACGGGGAUGGAUCCGCUCAGGGCUCAGCAGCUUGCGGCCGAGCUGGAGGUAGAGAUGAUGGCUGAUAUGUACAACAGAAUGACCAGUGCCUGCCACCGGAAGUGCGUGCCUCCCCACUACAAGGAAGCAGAACUGUCCAAGGGCGAGUCCGUGUGCUUGGAUCGCUGCGUCUCCAAGUACCUGGACAUCCAUGAACGGAUGGGCAAAAAGUUAACGGAGUUGUCUAUGCAAGAUGAGGAGCUGAUGAAGAGGGUACAGCAGACCUCUGGGCCCGCGUGAGGCCCCAGACCGAGCCUUCCCCUACCCCCCUCCUCCCCCACUUAAUAAAAGAGCCGCCUUUGGGUGUCAUCUGUGA